AUGAAUAGAGCUAGUGGUGUCCUGUCGCUGCUGUUUGUGGCCAGUGCCCUGGGCGGCGUGAUCGAGGACUUUGAGUACCUGUCGGUGGUCGAGAUGUGCGAUCUGCUGCCGCAGGAUACCAGCUUCCUGCGACCGAACACCUGCGACAACUGGGUGCGGUGCGCCAGCAACAACAGCGUGCUGGAGCAGGGCGGCUGUGCCGCAGGACUGAACUACAACAAGGAGCUGGGUCGCUGCAUCCUUGCAUCCUCCAGCGCCACGGUGUGUCCCUAUGCCAACGCUAUGGCGGACCAGCACAAGAACCUGUGCGCCAACGAAACGGAGGGCGCCUUCAUCGUGGAUCCCAGCAGCAGCGAUUGCCGCGGCUACAUCUUGUGCAAGUCCCACAAGCAGAUCAAGGCCAACUGUCCCAACGAGCUGAUCUUCCACCCCGUGUCGCGAUCCUGCGUGUACGAGAAGCAGUACCAUUGUCCCACCAGCCAGGCGAGGAGGGCCAGUCCCGCCUGCCGAUCGCUGCCGAACAACACGCGUCUGGCCGAUCCCGUCCAUUGUGACCAGUACUACGAGUGCGUCAGCGAGGUCUUGCUCAGCAGAUCCUGUCCAGCGGCGAGUGCAUACGACGCGAGUCUCGGCUACUGCGUGGAUGUGGCCGAGGUGUCCUGCUACAAGACCGCCGCCCUGCCGGCACCGGAGAACACCUUCUGCCUGGACAGUGCCACCGGAUCCGCGCGCGUUGGCUACUUCGCCGACGAGGAUUCCUGCUCCCACUACUAUAUCUGCGGAAACCCCUCCGCCGGCAAGCACGACACGGAGCCCAAGCACCUGAGCUGUCCAUUGGGCCAGUUCUUCGACUUCGAGAAGCUUUCGUGCCGCGACAGACUCAACGUGCGCUGCCAGCUGGACAGGUGUGUGGGCACCAACAUCUCCUACGUAAACAUAGCCGGCGAUUGCCAGAGCUAUGGACGUUGCUCCGGCGGAGUGACCGUCAGCGUGGGCCAGUGCCCCACGGGUUACUUCUUUGACGAGCGCAACCAGGGAUGCACGGAGACCAACUACCACUACAUCGCCUGUUCCGUGUAGGCCUUACCAAAUCGCAUCCAAUUUAAAUCCCUAAUAAAUCGAUCCCAUUCUUGGUGGAGGUAAAAUGCA